GCUCGACCCGGCAAUGGCGGGCGAGAUUCGCCGGCUGCGCGAGGAGUUGAAGGCGUCGCAAAAGCGAGAGGCCGCGCUGCGCGACGAGCUCGAAGCGUCUCAAUUCCAGUCGGGAUCGAUUGCCGGAAAGAAGCUGGUGCAAAAGUGCCGCGAGCUCCAGUCGGAGAACGAGCAGCUCGGCAAGGACGUGAGCGAGGGGCGGAUGCAGCAGCUGCGUGCCGAGGUGGGAAUGCACAAGGACUAUGCGAGCGAGCAGCGCAAGUCGAUAGGCGAGAUGCGCGAGUGGAUCGAGCAGCUGAGCGACGAGCUAGAAGUUGCGCAGGGCACCAUAUUCUCCUUGCGGCGCGAGCUCAAGGACGAGAAGGCGAUGCGCGAGAGGUCCUCGCGCGAUUGACCGCGUGCCUGCCUGCCCCUAGCCCUACCGGGAGCAACCGUAAAUGAGCCGU